AUGCGGGAAAACGAUGACAAAGAGAGGCGGACCGCCGCACGCUAUACCGCUUUAGGACAUCCUACAGCCCUUGUUGUGGAACAGCGUACAGCACCUGUUAAUCGCCUAGUUCUGGAGUCUAAGCGUUUCGCUUUACUUGAUCCAGAGAUCUUUCCAGAGUGCCAAAUAACCUUCCAAGACCCUUUCUCUCCUUUCACGUCGGCAGACCAGUCCUUAGAAAACGAGCCGAUUGCACUUUGGGAGCUUGAAUGCCGCGAGUAUAGCCCCCAGCCAUCGGUAAACGACGCCCAGGAGGCUGUUGCGGUAGAUGAGAGUGAACCCACUUUGGAUCAAGGCACCUUUCUAAUGCGAAUUGCGGCAUACGAAGGAGACAUUGUCGAGUGCAAGAGGACCACCGCCAGAGACCUUCUUGCUAACGAACGAACAGUGCUUGCCUGGGUUCGAUCUAGCUUGAUGUACGCAUCCUUAAGCGUGAUUAUCUUCUUAGCAUAUGAAGAAAAUCUCCAGAAAAAAAAGAAACUCAUAGAAAGCGACAUUAACAUAUUAUUAGCAGACGGCACCAUGGAUGAAUUGAUCCAACGUGGUGCGUUUAUCAAACGGACAAUUUACAUAAUCAGCUCCAUUGCAUUCAGCCUAGCAAUCAUCUGCAUUAUCUGCGGUGGUUCGAGAUACUUUAUGGUCAAGAGAUACUUGCUAAGGUGGAAUUUGUUUCCGGCGAGCAGGGCCUCGGUGGUUGUGGUUUAUAUCAUAUGCCUGGUGUUGCUAGGUGUGACGAUUGGUGAAUUUAUUGCCUUGUAUGUGAGACUAAAGCAUUAG